AACAUUAUCAAGUUUUAUCUUAAUGCAUAGCUAGGUAAUUUAAAUCUUUCGCAAACUGAUUGAUUUUCUAACUGCGUGUACGUAAUUGAAAUGAAAAAUAAUAAUAAAAUAGUUACUGCAAUUGUUAUUUUGAAUGUAAUUUUCACCGUAUAUAGCCAAGAAUGCCAAAUCGACUGUCCUACCGAAAAUGUAGAAAAUGACAUGGUAUGUGCUUUUGACAUAAACAAGAAGACCUACAAGAUGUUCCCUAAUCGUUGCGCUAUGGAGGGCUAUGCUAAGUGCCAUGAUUCAGAUUUCGUCAAAACGCCUCUACGAUUCUGCAUCAAGGAACAUUUCUCCCUUUCUCGGCGGAUGUACGGCGAGUCUUGCCCAGUCUUCUGCCCAAGCCACUACCGCCCAGUUUGUGCAGCUUCCAAAUACAGAGGCUAUGUAUACAGGACUUUCAAUAAUGGCUGCUACCUUGACAUGAUUAACUGUAGAGGAGAUGAAGAUUAUUCAGGAUACGUAGAAGUACCGCUUCAGUUUUGCCAGCGUCACCUAAUGAAGAACAUUUUUAAAGAGAAAAUUGUAUUAUCCAAUAUGUUCAAUUAUGAUGAUUACAAUACCUAAACAUACCU